CGUUGAGCGAAUACGUCAAGUAGAUUUGCCCAAGUUACUAGGUCAAAUAAAUAUGAAUUAGAUAAAAAUAAUAGAAUGACUUGGAACGAUGUACAAUAGUAUAACGAAUAAGUUUAACGGCUGUACUUUAAAUCAAUUUCGUAAGUUUGUGUACGUUCUGUCCAUUCGGAAGUACUCUGCGGAAAAUGAAGGGGGCAAAUAUAUUCCCGUGUACAAUUUUCCAUAUAUAAGACCUUUCACCGUGGUGAAUAGGUUGAAACUUUACCAGACCGUUCUGACGGGCAUCAGCGUCCCAGGUGGGGCUAUCCUCAGCCAGCUAGGAUGCGUGUCUUGGGAUACAGCGCAAUCCACUACUUUAUUGGGUGUAUCGGCAUGCGUGAUGCUAUACGGAAUAGGUUUUUUAACCACCAAAUUCAUAGGAUUUAUUUAUUACAACCCGGAGACUGAUUCGGUAAAGUUGGCUUAUGGGGACUUCUGGGGCCGAAGGAAGGACUUGGUAAUGCCGCGUUCGGACGUCAUGCCUCUAAGCGAACUGCCCACUACACCACUGGAUAAGCUGUUUGUUACAUUCAGGAGAUACAAUUCCAAAGAAACCCUCAAGUUGGAUAUGCGAUUCGGGGUAAUUUUAGACGCGGAAAAGUUUAAGCAAUGUAUUUAUUGA